CAGCUGACUGCAGGACAGCUUCGACCUGUUCGCAAUGAUCAUCAUUCCUACGCCCUUCCCGUCGGGACCCGGGAGUGGAGAACAUAUAACACCCGGCUGUGCUCUGUCCAAACCUCCUCACCCGACGUAAUGCCCGUCACCGCACGUCUCCCCGUCGAGCUGCUCGCUCACAUCACCUCUUACCUAGGAGACGACCGCACUACUCUUCGAAGCCUGUGCGUCUCCAGUCAUGCUCUACACGCGGUGUCCUAUCCUAUCCUCUUCUCUGUCCGGGACUUCCGCGCACUUGGUACUCCCUACUUGAAGCCAUUCCUCGUAUAUCUCAGCGAACUUCGAAUUGGCUGGAGGCCGGACAUGCAUGGCGCGAAGGAUGCGAACGUCCUCGCGCGAUUCCUAGCGCCCCAUCUAUCUGCGGAGGCUACCCCGCGCUUGCGCAAACUGACCAUACGAGGCAUCGGGGCAGACGGGAUGGUGUAUCUCAACACCCUGGGCGACACUCUCAAGGACCUCUCGAUGCUGACAACACUGCACCUCAACGAGACUUACCAUCGUAACAUGCGCGACGUGCAGCUCCUCGUCAACGCCCUCCCGCAUCUUGCGCACCUGCAUCUGAACGCCAUUACCUGGGCAAGCACGGAGUUCAACGACUGCGGCGACGACAGCGAGUUCCUUGCGCGCCCCGCGCUCAAGACGCUCCGCGUGUCCCCGGUAUACCCGAACUGCAUGCUCCCGCUCCUCGCGUGGCUCGCACGCACGCCUACUGCACGCGCCCUGCGCGCGCUCGACGUGCCCUUCACCGCUCGUAUCGGCCCUGACGCGCUGUCGCACUUCGGGCCCUCCGUGCACCAUUUGAGCGUCCCCCUCCGCGGCCUGCAACCGCUCGUUACGAUGAAGGAUUACACUGCGCUCACCUCGCUCACGCUCUUUGUGCGCGUUGACGACAUCCUCAUGCGCAGCUACGAGCGCCUGCCAGAGGUCAUCGCGACCCUUCCGGCGCCCGCGCUCCUCCGCGAGCUCGAGAUCCAUGUCCCGUACGAGGCCGCGACUGUCAUCUCCGGGCCGCUCGACUGCCUUGCACGCGUGGAUGACAUCCUUUUCGGCGCCGGCCCUGCGGAGACCAUAGCCAAGUUCAAUACCGCGGACGCGACCGGUGGCGCACGGGAGACCCAGCGCUUCGAGGCGCUUACGCAGCUGUGCGUAGUCCUUCUCAGGAGCGAUUCCUUGAGCAAGGCAGAGCGCGUGGACACCGACUGGGGUGCGCGCCUGCACAUGCCGCGCGCGGCCGCGCUCGGACGGCUCGAGGUGCGCUUUGGGCGGGACGAGAGCAUGGUGCAUGCAUUUCCGUGCAGUCGCCCUCCGCAGUCGCGUUGGUUGGUGCCGGUGUAUCCGCGGGCGUGAAGACCGAGGGGCCCGCGCACGGAGCGCUGAGGCGCGCCCGGGACUCGGCCGGGACCCCUGGUUAUUCGGGGUGUUUUGUCGUGAAGAUGACGCGGGGCUCGUUGAUGACGAUGCGCUUCCUCGCUUGUCUACGUAUGGUGUGGCUCGUUCCUGCGUGCUGUUCCUCUGGGAAUGUCGGACGUGUUGCGUCAGGUACUCAAGACUUCGAUCUAGCAGUGCGCUUGUAAUCUAUACAUGAGACUCAGGAAUGAUGAACGACUAGGCUCUUAUGAGCCGUGGUUCU